AUGAAAUUUAUAUUUUUUAUAUAUUUAGUAAAAAUCAUUUUUAAUUCAUUCAAUCUAUCUUAUGGUGAUACACCAAUAACUACUGAUUCUGGUUCGAACAUAGUUACUACAUUUAAAAUUACAGAUGAAACAAGAUUAUCUUGUAUGGCCCAUCGAUGUAAUACAGUACUAGAAACAGCGUGGGAUGAAACAAAAAAAACACACAAAGAUUCUGAAAUCUUUUGCAGUUGUGUGAAAGAUUGGAGAAAAUUUAUUAAUCAAACCAGUGGAAUACAAGAUGAAUUACCGAAAUCAAUUGAAUGUAAUAGUGGAACUCGACUAUGGAGAUCUUAUUUUAAAGUGCACGAUUCAUUGAAUGCUUCAUUUACGGCAUUAACUCAAAUUUUAACUGCACGAAAUAAACAACAUCGAUUGCAUGUAUUAGCUGGUAAUCUGUUAACAACUUCAGCUGAUGAUCGACAGAUAUUAAUCACGUCAACUGAUUCUAUCAGUUCAUCUUCACCACCUCAAAAGAAGCCAAAAAAUGAUCCUUUUGCUGAUAUUCGUCAACAAGUUCCAGCAAAUCCAUCUUUAUCGUGCCGUCAAAAACAACAUUUGAAUCGUUAA